AACAAUGCUGUGCUCGCAAUGGGUAGCUUUCUAUAGGUCGUUUCAUUGAUCUGUUACACCACCCGUCUCAUGGAGAGAUUCCUCCUCCCUGGACUGACUGCCCCACCGUACCGAGUACAGUACACAGAUUUCAAGGUCUGAGCAGCUUCUUUCUUUGUCCUCGUCCUUGCUGUCUGCAUACACCCACACUGAUCACCUGCUCACUCACCCACUCUCGGCAGGGCAGGCGUAACCCUCGCCAACUAGAGUGCUCCAGUACACCGCAUAACACCCUGUUCAAAAUAGGCGCAUCGUUGUUGUACUGUUUCGCAUCAUCCCUACCAUCUUCCCAUAACAUCUGACGCAGCUGGCAGCAAGCAUAACCACCACGUUAUUUCCUUCCCCAACCAACCCCAUCCCCUCCACCCUUGACACCGCACCCACACAUCCAUCCAUACCAAGCAAGUGAGGAGUGGAUAGGCACAUACCGUAGCCCUUUCGAAAGGAAAGACAUCGCUCACCCUUGUCCCCACACCGAUAUAAACCUCACACCCCCCCCCCGUCCCCCUCCCUCCUCUUGUUACGAUGGACGAGUUUGACACCCUAAGGAGCGAAGCACCAGCGAAACACCAUCCAGAGGACGACUCGGGAAGCGCUUCUGAGCCUGAUAGCGAUAGCGAGACUGUACGCCUGAACAGAGGAGAGAGAGAAGGAGUGAAGAGACAAUCCGCCAGUGGUAGCAGUGUUCCAGGAACCGGCGAUCGAGAUAUGAUGUUCAAACAUUCCUCACAUUUAUCCGGGAGCUUCCAGACUGUUUGUCUUCCCUUCUCCCGCUUGCCUUCCUUCCCCUUCAUCCGGCUAAUGGCUGUGCUUUAAAAAGGGAGUUAAAGGUGUGCUCUCGGACGCGAUAUCCUACGAAUCCGCCCUACGUAAGGAAAAGUUACAAAAGUCCGCCAACACAAUUCACACCGGGUACUCCCAGUCGUCCCGACCACGAGGGAUCUCCUCUCCACCGAGGGUCAGUGACCGUAACAGCGAUGUCGAGAGCGGCGAGGAAGACUUUGUGAGGACAUGGCGCAAGAACCGGAUGCAGGAACUUAAGACCGGCCAGUCGAAUACUCGCCGGCACUCGCCUAGCAAGCGUAAGUACGGCCGUGUUGAGGUCGUCGAUGCGCUGGGGUACUUGGAUGCUGUGGAGAGGGUGUCAUCGGAGACGGUUGUAGUAGUCACUAUUUACAAUGAUAAGGUUUGUCGACCCUUAUUUGUCUGCCAUUCUUCGGUGGGAGGGUUGCUGAUUGUUGGUUGAUUCUCCCAGUCGGAAGAAUCCCGCUUUGUGGAAGACUGCCUGAACACGCUCGCUCGUCGGUACGCUACCACGAGGUUUGUGAAAUUGCACUACAGCGAGGCAGAAAUGGACGCAGCUGUCGUGCCUGCUGUAUUGGCGUAUAAGGGUGGGGAAUUGUUUGCCAAUAUCAUGAGGAUUGUGGACGAGAUUCCUCCUGGGAGGAGCCUUAGCACCGAUAGUUUGGAGCUGGUUCUCCGAAGGUUAGUCCCCCCCCCCACUUUUUCCACCCCUUCUCCCAGUAUAUACCUGAGUUUGGUGCUGACUGGGUGAAUUGCAGGGCGAAUGUAUUGCAUAAAGAUUAGAGUGUCGUGGAUGUGCUAGCAAACACCACUAUCUUUGUUAUUAUUGUGUCUUGUUCGGUCGGUUGCUCUUUGGCAGACGUCUACCGCUGCAGAAUAGCCUCCCAUAAUGCAGACCUCUACCUGAAAUUCACUCUUUUGCUCAAUCGGCAAUCCCGUUCCACGCUCCAUUUUUCUCUUUCCUCCAUCCCUAUCACCUCUUUUCUCUCCUCAUCUCGCGAUCCCAAUGACGACCUUCGAACGCAUAGAAUUACGUGACUAACCAU